AUGUCCCUUUCGAGACCGAUUUACAACCUGCUCGGUUCCUACCUGGAGCAACUCUUCGAGCAUCCACUCCGCACGAAAGCUUUAACAAGCUGCGUUAUUGCAUCCUCCGCGAACUUGGUCUCACAGAAGCUCGGUGGUGUCAAGCAAGUCAACAAGGAUUCGGUUCUGGCGUACGGUUUGUUCGGACUGAUCUUUACCGGGCCACUGUCGCAUUUCUUCUACAGCUGGUUGGAUCGCAUUACCAACGAUACUCGCUUCAAGAAGCUGCUAAUGUUGCUCGGCGAACGGGCCCUAUUUGCGCCAGUCAUUACCGCGCUGUCGCUUUACUUUAUCUCGCGGUUUGAGUACAAAAGUCACGAUGAGGCGCUCGUCAAUUUGAUUACCCAGUAUCGAAGCAUUCUGCGGGGUAACUGGAAAUUCCUGACGUUGCCCGUGUUCAUCAACUUCAACUACGUUCCACCAAUGCUACGCGUUCUGUUUGCCAACAUCAUUGGUUUCUGCUGGAUGGUUGUGUUGUCAACUAAGAGAAGGAAAGCGGAACAGCGCCGUCAACAGCAGGCACAGGACAAGAGCAAAUCCACCUGA